GUCUGUUUCUUCCCUUCUACAUCACCACUGUACCUUUCAUCUGCCUGCCUUCGCCUCUGUUUUUUUUUCGUUCCCCACUUGUUCCUCUGCACUGCCUCACCCACUCCUGUCAACCAUGAUGCUUCUCUAGCAUUCAAGCCAUUCAGACGACUCAGAGGUGGAGAACGUUAUGCAAGACCUGCAGCAUGACCAUGACCACAAGCACCACCAUGAAGGCCAUGAGUCUCAUGAUGUAGACAGGGAAGCUGAGGGCGAAGACCUCCUCCCCACCCCAUCUUAUUUGUGCCUCCCUUUGGCGGGUAGAGCACAGUCGGACUCUGGCACUAGUUUGAGGCAGAGCAGAAGUGUGGAGUUUGAGUUGCCGUCCCUUGUCAGUCCGUCCAGGCCCAAGAGCCCCUGGGGUCGAUUUGACCCAUACAACAGUAAUGAGGAUCAGGACAAGGAAUAUGUGGGUUUUGCGACACUGCCAAACCAGGUUCACCGCAAAUCUGUCAAAAAGGGAUUUGACUUCACACUCAUGGUUGCAGGGGAGUCUGGCCUGGGAAAGUCUACCCUGGUCAACAGUCUGUUUCUCACAGAUCUGUACAAAGAUAGGAAACUGCUCAAUGCUGAGGAGCGAAUCACACAAACAGUAGAAAUCACCAAACACACCGUGGAUAUAGAAGAAAAAGGGGUCAAACUGAAGCUCACCAUUGUGGACACCCCUGGGUUUGGGGAUGCCGUAAACAACACUGAAUGUUGGAAGCCAGUGGCUGACUACAUUGACCAGCAGUUUGAGCAGUACUUCAGGGAUGAGAGUGGCCUCAACCGCAAGAACAUCCAGGACAACCGCGUACAUUGCUGCCUGUAUUUCAUCUCACCCUUCGGUCAUGGCCUUCGGCCUUUGGAUGUGGAAUUUAUGAAGGCACUGCAUGAGAAGGUUAACAUUGUCCCUGUUUUGGCCAAAGCUGACACUCUCACCCCUAGUGAGGUCAAGAAAAAGAAAAUCAAGGUAAGANNNGAGAUUGAGCAGUAUGGUAUAAAGAUAUACCAGUUCCCUGAUUGUGACUCUGACGAAGAUGAGGACUUCAAGCAGCAGGACUACGAGCUGAAGGAAAGCAUCCCCUUUGCAGUAAUUGGCAGCAACACAGUGGUUGAGGCCAAAGGGAAGCGGGUGCGAGGCCGUCUGUACCCCUGGGGCAUCGUAGAAGUGGAGAACUUGGCACACUGUGAUUUCUUGAAGCUGAGGAACAUGCUCGUUCGCACACACAUGCAAGAUCUCAAGGACGUGACUCGUGAGAUUCACUAUGAGACCUACAGAGCCCAGUGCAUCCAGAGCAUGACCCGCAUGGUUGUGAAGGAACGCAACCGCAGUAAACUCACCAGGGAGAGCGGCACAGACUUCCCUAUCCCUGUGAUGCCUGGAGUGACGGACAGUGAGACAGAAAAGCUCAUCCGAGAGAAAGAUGAGGAGUUGCGGCGGAUGCAGGAGAUGCUGCUGAGGAUUCAGGAUCAAAUGCACACUCAGAAAGAUGCCUAUUAGCACAGGACACCACCUAGUAGCACUCUGUAUGUGUCGCUCACCCAGGAACGUACGUGGCCCCCCACCCCACCCCACCACUCAACCUCAUCAGCUGCAAUUUAACACAUGCAUCAGGGACCAGGUGGUAAGACGCUGUGACAUUUGCAACUCAGCAACUCCCAAUAUCCUUUCCAGAAUCUCUGAUGUUAUCAAUGCCACUGCUGCAAACACUCAACCCUCCUCUACUCUACUGUUUUCUGUUCUGUCAGAAAUAUAAAAUAACUUUAAAAAUGAACUGAUUUUAUGUUGGUCUGUUUGAGUAAGUCAGUCUCUAGUUUGAAGUUUAGUUUGCAUAUCUGAACUUUAUUUAGCCACAUGAUCACAGGGUUGUUUUAUGUUUUUUUUUUUUUGUUUGUUUGUUUUUUACAUAAGGCCUAAUAUGAGGUUUACAUCAAAGUACUGGUGACCUCAGAUUUUUGAAGCACACUUUUCUGGUGCAAGUGUUUAUUUUGAUUAUCUCUAUAAUUCAAAAAUGCAUAUAUACUGUAAUAAUUUAAUUUUCUCUUUUACACUCAUUCUACUGUUUGUCAUCUUUUAUGAGUUCCUCGUUUUAUUAAACUACACCUUGUGACACUGCUUGACAUUAUGUUGAUGAUUGUUUUAUGUAGAUUUCCCUUCACUUGAGGUUCCUGUUCAUUCAUUUGGUUUAAUUUUUAAGUGAUGAUUGUUUAGAUUUAGUUAUAUUUAGCUUUUCUCUGUGUCAUCAUGGUUGUCUUAAUUGCCACCUCUGCUAGCUGACAGCAUGGAUGUUAGUGGCUCUGCUCAGCAUUGGCCAGUCUCAACUCUCAUAAGAAACCACUACAUAUAGUGACUGUCAUAUCAACAUUUAAUGACAAUUUGUACAUGGAUGAGAAUUCCCCAAAGCAGAUUAGAGCUGUAGCUUCUGUAGCGUGACAGAGCCAUCAACAGGCGACACGUCCUGUUAGUCCUGAUUAGGACUUUGACAAGACAUGACCCUUGUUUUGCAUGAGGUGAGAGCCAAGAAAAGGGUCAUAUCUAAGGCCAUGAAGUGUAGGCCUAUUUAUUUUUGUUUUUAGAAGGUUGUACAGAUUGCAGAACUGCUUAGGGGGUCAUAAGGUUAUUUAUGGGCAAUGAAAAAUAUGUAGCUACUCAACAGCUGAGGAAAAUACAUUGAGGUGGAUUUUUUUUUUCUUAUUGGUUGUUCUAAUGGUGAUUUCAAGGGGAACUUGUAUGUUGGGUGCGUGCUGACCUUAAUGUUUAUCUUAUAAUCAAAGCCAAUAAUAACAAACUUAAUUGUUUAAUUUAAGCAUUUCUUUGCAAAGUGUGAAUUUUGUUUUAUAUUGAUAUAAGCAACAUUGUUUUGGAAUAACUUAUCAAAGAGCAUUGAUCAGAGUUAUUGAAUGAACUUGUUUCUCUUGCUGAUCAUUUCUAUAUUCUAAGUAAAAACGUUUUUUUUUUUUUUUAAAUUUGAUGACUGCCAUGCUGUGUGACCUUUGUUUAAAAAAAAUGUACAUUCCUUGUCGCAAAAUCAGGUAUUACUUUUGCUUCUUAAUUUGUUUGUUUUAUAUUAAAUUCUACUUUUGUUAUUCUACUUUUUGGAGUAUAUUUAUGGA